UUCGUCGCAGUUGCUAAACGGUGUUGAAACCUGACUGACUUCACACACUCGUUCGUCUCUGUCCCGUUGGUGCUCUCCGGACGGAAAGAUUUCCUUCAGUGCUUCGUUCGUUUUGUGCUUUUUUUGUUGUUUCUUUUUUGCCCAUAGUGCUGUGAUUCCCGUCAAAGUUCCCGUCAUCUGACUCUGAGUCGUGCUCUUCCUUCUUUUUUUUUGCGUUGAGCAAUAAUUCCGUGUGAUAGACCUCCAAAUCCAACCAUGAAGACGCUCCGAAAUUGUAUGCUGGUAAUGGCCGGACUAGUGGUCCUGUGCAGUGCUCAAAAGGAUGGUCCCGUCAUCAUACCAACUACCGAGGAACCUCCAGCAACAACAACAGCUGCGCCAACAACAACGACGGCUGCUAGCACUACAACUGCUAGCACUACAGCAGAGCCUCCACACACAACUACUCCAACGCCGGCACCAACGACUACUGCAGCACCUACAACAACUAGCACUGCUGUGCCCCCGACGACUACUCCGGUGCCGGAACCGGACAUAGGCAGCUGGACGUACACGAACGCCACCACCAACCAGACCUGCGUGCUGGCCCAGAUGGCGCUGCAGCUCAACGUCACCUACCUGGACAACGCCGACAAGCCGGUCCACGUGCUGUACGACGUCCCCAAGGAUGCCCGCGUCGUCAACGGAUCCUGCGCCCCGGACUCGCAGUUCCUGCUGCUGACCUGGAACGCCAUCUCGCUCGCCCAGAACACGCUGAAGGUGUCCUUUGCGUACAACAAAACCGAACACGAGUUCGCGCUGGCCGGGCUGAGCUUCUUCCUGAACCUGUACGGCGAUCAGUUCCCGAAUGCUAAGGCCAACCAAACCCUCACUCUGGUCAACAACCAGACCCUGUUCAAGACGCCGCUGGAUAUGUCCUACCACUGCAACCGGGUCCAGCUGCUUAAUCUGACCACGGUCGAGCUGCCCACCACCGGCGCCCAGUCCACCGUGGCCGUGUCCAAGCUGCAGUUCGAGGCGUUCCACAGCAAGCACAACGCCAAGUUUUCGAUCGCCAAGGACUGCGACGCGAUCGACACGCCGGAUAUUGUGCCGAUCGCCGUCGGAUGUGCGCUCAUCUUGCUGAUUGUGAUCGUGCUGAUUGCGUACCUGGUUGGACGCCGCAGCACCCGGUCCCGGGGAUAUCUCAGCAUGUAAGGAGGAGGAGGAGAAUUGAUCUGCUGUUUGGAAACGAUGCCAUCUGAGAAAAUGUCUUUAAAUUUGAACCACAAACACAUUUUUCAAGGGUAGAAACAGUACUCGGAACUGAUUGAAAUGAGGGUUGAGGGUUUUCGGGGGAAAAUUAUUUCGAAAAGAGUACCGUAAAAUACUUGAAAAAAAUGUUCUUCUAUUGCUAACUUACACCUGAAUAUCAUAGAAAAAAAAAAUCGAAUACAGAAAACCGUUGCAAAAAAGGCUAGUUCAAAUUUGAGUUUGUUCAAAUUAUCACACGAGUGUAGGAUCCUUUCUUUUCACCGCUCUAUCAAGACAGCAAACACACAGAGAAAUACAACAUUCAACAACUUUUCAGCGUAGUUCUUUAAGAAAUCCAGGUACAGCAGAAACCAAAAAAAAAAGAAUUAGCAAAACAGAACAAGUUACGAAGGUGAGGAUCAAAUUAAA